AUGCAGACUCCAGCACCUUCCCCACAGGACAGCUCCACAGAGACAGCGUGUCCCCAGCAGCCUUCUGCUCACACCCGUAUCCCUUACUGCAUAGACAGCAUUCUGGGAAGAGCACUCACCACAGAAAGCAAGAAGAAAAACCCAGAGGACCUACCAGGGACUUCAUUAAAAAGUUGUAUCUAUAAUCCUACACCCCAUGUCCAACACAGGGUGGGAGAAAGUUCACCAAGCACAGUGUCCAGCAAAAGCAGCGCUUCAGGAGAGAGACCAAGGAGGAAUGGUGAGGAUCAAAAUGCAGUAAGGAAAGAACCAGCUGAGAAACAGCUCAGUACUAGCUGUGACCCGUCCAUAUCCUCGGGGGCAGAGAAGAGAAAACAGCGACGUUACCGCACCACCUUCAGUAACCUGCAACUAGAGGAGCUGGAGAGGGCAUUCGUGAAGUCCCAUUAUCCAGAUGUGUUCACCAGAGAGGACCUUGCCGUGCGGCUGAACCUCACUGAAGCAAGAGUGCAGGUUUGGUUUCAAAAUCGGAGAGCCAAAUGGAGAAAACGAGAGAAAACAGAGCUGCUGAGUGGUCUCCCUGCCUUCCCCGUCACACAUCCUUUAGGGCUAUAUUUUGAUCUCCCUUUAAAUUCCAGCCACCUCAUGGAUACUGUCUGGAAAACAUUGCCUUUUUCAGCAGUGACAUCAGCACCAGUCAGCCCAGCAUUUUCCCCGCCACACCUUGGCUCACUCAAUCUAAAUCAUAUGUCUUGGACAUCCCUCUUCAGAAAUCCGGUUUUGAGUCCUUACUUUGGAAGGUUCCUCAGUGUAAUAAACCCACUUGUCACCACAUCUCCUUUGCUCAUGAAAAACCCAAAUUCCAAUUCAGAUUCUGAACUGCCAACCCUGAAUGAUUCAGUUGUCAUGGAUUGGAAGUCACCGUUGUCCAGUGUUGGAGGUUUAAGACUCACCCCUAAUGAACACUCUGAACACGUGUCUCCUGUAAACUUACUGCCAGACUUCUCCAGCAUCAGCAAAGACAUUUGCUAACAAGUUGGAAAUGUUUGCUAAAUGCACCAUUUCACAGAGCAGAGUAUGUGUGAUUUACUGAACAUUCAAGUCACAAGUGAAACACUGAUGAUGAAGUUAGCAUAAUCAUAUGCAUUGCCACUCCCACUUGAUGACAGAAUGAGUCAUCAAGUCACAGCCAACCCUUCUUUUCCUGCCUCCUUCAAGCGUGUCUUGAUUAUCUUCUGUCCAUUUUUUUUUCCAAAUAUGGAU